ACAGAAGUGAACAGGUCAUGGCACGUCUAACAAAAAGGCGACAGGCGGAUACAAAAGCUAUCCAGCAUCUUUGGGCAGCCAUUGAGAUUAUACGGAACCAGAAGCAAAUUGCCAAUAUUGACCGUAUUACAAAGUACAUGUCUCGAGUCCACGGUAUGCAUCCAAAAGAGACCACGCGUCAGCUGAGCCUGGCUGUGAAAGAUGGUCUCAUUGUCGAAACCCUAACAGUGGGCUGCAAAGGCUCAAAAGCUGGUAUUGAGCAGGAAGGAUACUGGUUGCCAGGAGAUGAGAUUGACUGGGAAACAGAAAAUCAUGACUGGUAUUGUUUUGAAUGCCAUUUGCCUGGAGAGGUGUUGAUAUGUGACCUGUGUUUUCGUGUGUAUCAUUCCAAGUGUUUGUCUGAUGAGUACAGGCUUAGAGACAGCAGUAGUCACUGGCAGUGCCCAGUAUGCAGGAGCAUCAAGAAGAAAAACACAAACAAACAGGAGAUGAGCACAUACUUGCGGUUCAUCGUCUCCCGCAUGAAGGAGAGGGCGAUAGACCUUAAUAAGAAGGGCAAGGACAACAAGCACCCAAUGUAUCGGAGGCUGGUGCACUCGGCGGUCGACGUCCCCACCAUACAGGAGAAGGUGAAUGAAGGAAAGUACCGAAGUUACGAAGAAUUCAAAGCGGACGCUCAGCUGCUUCUGCACAACACCGUGAUUUUCUAUGGAGCAGACAGUGAGCAGGCGGACAUAGCACGGAUGCUGUACAAGGACACCUGUCACGAGCUGGAUGAACUACAGCUUUGCAAGAAUUGCUUCUAUUUGUCAAAUGCUCGUCCUGACAAUUGGUUCUGCUAUCCUUGUAUACCUAAUCAUGAACUCGUUUGGGCUAAAAUGAAAGGCUUUGGAUUCUGGCCUGCCAAAGUCCUGCAGAAGGAGGACAACCAGGUGGACGUCCGCUUCUUUGGUCACCAUCACCAAAGGGCCUGGAUCCCAUCGGAAAACAUACAGGACAUCACAGUGAACGUUCACCGGCUGCACGUGAAGCGCAGCAUGGGCUGGAAGAAGGCUUGUGACGAGCUGGAGCUUCAUCAGCGCUUCCUUCGUGAAGGAAGGUUCUGGAAGUCCAAGAACGAGGACCGAGGGGAGGAGGAGGCGGAGUCCAGCAUCUCAUCCACCAGUAAUGAGCAGCUAAAGGUCACUCAGGAACCAAGAGCAAAGAAAGGACGACGUAAUCAAAGUGUGGAACCCAAAAAGGAAGAACCAGAGCCGGAGACGGAAGCUGUGAGUUCCAGCCAGGAGAUCCCCACGAUGCCUCAGCCAAUCGAAAAGGUUUCUGUAUCCACUCAGACCAAGAAGUUAAGUGCCUCUUCCCCACGAAUGCUGCAUCGAAGCACCCAGACCACUGGUGACGGCGUCUGUCAGAGCAUGUGCCACGACAAAUACACCAAGAUUUUCAAUGACUUUAAAGACCGAAUGAAGUCUGACCACAAGCGAGAAACAGAAAGAGUUGUGCGGGAAGCUCUGGAAAAGCUGCGCUCGGAAAUGGAAGAAGAGAAGCGACAAGCUGUAAAUAAAGCUGUAGCCAAUAUGCAGGGUGAGAUGGACAGAAAAUGUAAGCAAGUAAAGGAGAAGUGUAAAGAAGAGUUUGUAGAAGAAAUCAAGAAGCUAGCGACACAGCACAAACAGCUGAUUUCUCAGACCAAGAAGAAGCAGUGGUGCUACAACUGUGAGGAGGAGGCCAUGUACCACUGCUGCUGGAACACGUCGUACUGCUCCAUCAAGUGCCAGCAGGAGCACUGGCACGCCGAGCACAAGCGCACCUGUCGCCGGAAAAGAUGAAGGCGGGCUUUCCGGGGGCCUCCGGCGCGCACUCUUCUCAGACACGGCGGUUUUUGUUUCCAAGAAGCCAAAAUUGUUUAGAAUUUGCUUCCCAUUUUGCACCAGCCUUUAAACACUUUUCGUGAAGAAAUUUUGCACAGUAGUUUAAAUCUUUUGUUAAUGCUCCUCCGGAGUUUUUCAGGGGGUAAAAGUAACAUCAGUGGAGGGUAUUAUUUUAAAUAAAUUUUAAUUGAGAAUUUGUUGCAUUUUCAGCAAAUUUUAAAACAUUUUUAGGUUUUACAGAGAUUUUAACCUUUAACAACAGAUCUUUAAAAAAACAACAGGUGAAUACAAGCGAGUUUAACAAAGACACAUUUAAAAUAGAUCUGAAUGUAAGAACUACAGAACUGUUUCAGAAAUAAAACAUACUACCUUGAUGUGGAAUUUAUUUCUUAACCUUGUUGAGCUGGUUUUGUUCAGCUUAAUUUACUGUUUAAAGGCAUUAUCUGUUGGUUAUGCCAGUGGGUAUAUGAUUGAAUUUAGGGAACAGGGUUGACACAGCAGGUGCUAGUCCUGCAUAUUUUUUCUUAAAUAUUUCCCAAUUGUGUUUUUCAUUAUUUCUUUUCAAUAUAUAACUUUUAUAACAAAUUAUUAGCUUUGAUCUUGUAGUUUAAAAUUGCAGGGAACUGGGGUAAUCUUUUACUGAGCUGGAUCUUAGAGAAAAUGAAUAUUUAAAUUUUAAAGUUUGCACAUUUCAUCUUUGUCCUAACGUGAGUGCUUGUAACAAGAUAAACAAAAAAUAAAAAGCCAAAAACUACCUUUAUCCAUCCAUGAAAUUAUAGAUGAGGCAUACAAAUUUCUUUAAUGCUUCCCUUCCCUCCCCAAGUAUUAUCUGAUUGCCUAUUAUCUGGUGUCACCUCGUAUAUUGUAAAUUAAUACUAAAAGGAAAGAAAGCACUUAAGUUUCACAGAGGCCGUUAUGUUUGUAGUAAUGGGUCAUUGCCUACUAAUGAACUCCAUCACUGUACACAGAAUGAAGAAUAAUGCAUGUUAAUUUUCUUGUAUUAAAGAUGCCGUGAUUUGUAAAAAGUCUGUAUUUUGCGGAAUGUCUGGAUUAAGAAGCAUUACCAAUAGGAAUGGAUCGAUAGUUGAAUAAUGAUUUUUUUAUACAUAGAUAUAUAAAAUUCAGCCAGGAAAACUUAAAUUACUUUUUUU